UUGUUGUUUUUUUUUUUGUAAAAGUUAUAUAUUUUAACGUCCGUAAUUAUAUACCCGUUUUCAUUAUCUAUGGCAGGUCUUCAGGAAGAUUUGUGUUGAUCUUAUUUUUCACAUUUCAGCAACUAUGCACUCAAUAAAUAGCUAACUUAAAGGAUUAAAUUUUAUCUGAAUUAUUUCCCUAUAAAUGAUAACUGACAUCAGAAAAGUGCAUUAUAAGAGGCUUCUGACUGAUAGGUGAUAUACGUACUACACAUUUAUGGAUUUAUUUUUUGUUAUUGAAUUGAAAUAUGUUAGUAAUGAUUAUAGAAAAUUAUCCAACAUAUAAUUUAAGUUUUAUAAUGGAGUUUUUGAUAACUGAAAUAUCACUAUCAUGUGAUGUUAAAAAUAUUUCCGUAUUCGACAACUUGAUAUGACAGGGAUUGAUGUUUCGAAGUGUAUUUCCAAUCUCGAAAUGUGUAGAAUUGGCUGAUCUUCCCAUCAAUGGUAAUUAUGGACACAACGAAUGAUGAAUAUAACAAACUAUUUCCCUGUACCCCUGCUUUGGUUUUAAAGAUAGUGUACUGUACUUGAGAAAUAUAAAAAUAUUUAUACAUGAGCAUUCACCUCUUAAUUGUGCUCUGUGUACCCAAACAUACUUAACUUAAUGUGGGAGUAACUAAUUGAUAAUUGACAGACAAGAGGUGCUGGUAGUUUAAUUUGGAUCCUUGAUUGAAAUUAUUUUGGCAACAGAGAAAGUACAUACUUGAUUUCAAAUUAGAAAAAAAAAUUAAUAUGCCAAGAUAUUGAAAACCAAGAAAUCAAUAUGUAUUUUAUAUUAGCAAAAGGCAAGUGUUUACUUUUUGUCUGUGACAUUAAAGAUAUAUUUGGAGCAUAUUAAAAAGGACCUGAACACUAAUGGUAAAGUUUGAUAGCCAUUAAAAACUAGAUUAUGCUGUGUAGUAGCCAUUCAUAAUGAUAAAAAAAAUGAUUAGUGGUAAAAGUCCUCAGACCAUUAAGGAUUAAAUUUUAUCAUUAACAAACUAUCCCACUGUUCAUUAAUGAUAAUUUUUAAUGAUAAAAUUCCAGAUUUAUAUCAUUAAUGGUGAAAAUCCACAUCCAUUAAUUAUGUAAAAUCAAAAAACACCUUCACUACUAGUGAUAUACAUUUUGAUAUUGCAGUUGUUGAUAGUGUAGCAAACAUUGAUGAUAUAAAUACAUGUGUUUAUGGAAAUUUGUCCAUCAGUUUGUGUAAUAUGCUACUAUCAUUAGUUAUGUGGACACUUAGAGGGGUAAUACAAGAAUAUAUGGGGUCCUUGAAAAAAAAUCAUAUUGGGUGAGGCGAAAGAUUUUUAUCGAAGGCAGGAUAAAUACAUGUACACAUAGAAUGCAUGCAGCAAACAUCUACUUGCCAGUGGCGCCCAUGGUCGGUUAUGAGGACAAUAUUCAAAUAAUACUGGCAAGCAAAACAAAAAACAAAAACAAAAAAAAAACAACAAAAAAACAGAGGAGGGGAUUUGUUCAUACAUAAAAUGUGUCUAUUGAUACCACAUCUAUGUUAUCUUAAUCUUUUAUCUCAUCAGAUUCUGAUCACUAACUUAAUAUCAUUAGGGGAUAUACUAUCAUUUAAUGGUUACUACACAAAAGAUAUCCUGGCACAGCAGUUUAUUAACUAAUAGCUAUCCUUUAGAAUCGCCAAACAUAUUCUCUGACUAAAUUGGUGGAUGUAGAAAUUUUCUUUCUUCCUGUUACACAUUAAAACUACCUUAAACCAGACAGCAUUUACAUAAACCUAGUUUUAGGGCCAAAGAAAUGUCUCUGCCUCCCUCUUCCUUUGAUGCCUGAAAUAUUAAUUUUGUAACAUGGGGUUUGUAAUGGAGAAACCAAUAAAAGAUGUUUUCAUAAAACAUCAAGCAGUAAAGUGUAAUUUUGAUUCCAAAGGAAUUAAAAACCUAAAGGUUGUGUGAGCACUUCUUAAACUGGACAACAUAAUAACAAACCUAUUAAAGAUAUUUUAAAUUCAAAUAAGGUUGAAAAAAUAUUUUAAUAAUCAAGAAAAGUAUUAGAUUUGAAAUUAAUAUAGAAAAUGCCCUUUACAUACACAGUGGCUUUUUGUUAGAUUGCUAGAAAACAACUUCACAUUAAACUAGAACAUUCAGAUACUCAGCACACCUCUGCCAAGUUCCCCUAUUACCCAGCACUCUCCCUUGUUUGUAUAGUUGCUACAUGCACUCAUCCUGAAUGAUCUCUUGCACAAAUCACUUCAAACAUUCAGUCUGCUCUUGUCAGUAAGCAAACGUUUUUGUGUUUUUUUUGGUGAAAAUUUGUUUGAAUUUUUAGGAUGUCCACAGAUAAACACCCGCACAAUCACACACAUGAACACAGCACACAAAUAGAAAGGGGGGGGGGGGCAAAUCAACCUCCUUGAUGGAGGCUAAAAUAUUGAUGUGAAUUGACGGAACUAUGGGAAAAAAUCCAACAUGUAUUGUCAUUUUGGACAAUGAAGGAGCAGUGUCUCUGUAGAUCGACAACACCAAAGUAAGUUCAGAAAAACACUUGCUUUCAGCGAUGCUGGAGUUACACUCUACACAGUCAUUUUGAAAAUCAGAUAGUCAUGUGUAUAUAAGCCUAUAUGUGUGCAUGUGUAUAGCACAGAAAAAUUCACUAGAUCUGCCCUUGCCCAGAGUUGAACUCUAGACUUUCAGCAGCGUGCUACAGAACCAGCUCUCUGAACUGCUCAACUGCAUCUGGGCAAGUCAAAAAAUGAUGGAAUUCUCACCAGGCUUGUUUAUCUAAGAGUUCAUUGCAAUCUUUCUACUCCCUCCUCCUCCCCCCUAACUCUCUCUCACACACACAAAUAUAUAUAUACAUGUAUAUGAUGUAUGUGUGUGUAUGUAUUAUACCCAAUAUCAUUACAUACUUGAGCUAUCGCUCAAAAGAUAAUAUAAAACUAAGCAUUUUUUUUUAUUAUGAGGUCUUCAAGGAGAGAAUUGGAUUGAAUUUAUUUUGUUUUUAAUAGGAUUAAACAAAUAUUCCCAGGUCCAUUUAAUUAGCAUGCAUCCAUGAACAUGCAUAGAUUUAUUUAUUUAUUUUUUACUUCUGGCAACAUUCUUUGAGAUAGUGGGGAAAUUAAAAUCCUGUUUAAUCUUUUGUAAUUAGACAUUGCGUGCAAAUUAGGUGUGAAACCUUAUCUUGUUAUUCCUUGCAGCAAUUAAUGAAUGGGGAAGUAAAAGAAAUGUCAUAUAUACCUGUAAAUUUGGGUCAUUAGAAGGAAAUUGAUACAAAUCAAGGCUAAAAGGGCGGUGCAGGAGACACUAUGACAAUGGAUGGGUUUUUCGUAAAUUUUGUGUGUGACAAGUGAACAAAAUAGGGCAACUAAAUAACUUUGGAUGACAAUUUUCACAGCAGACUUAUAAUUGACAAUGGGGGCUAUAUAGUCGGUCAUGCAUUUUAUAAACCGGAAAGAAUUGGGUGGAGCAAAGGUGUCUUUCUGAAGUGGGGGCAUACAAUGCUGUGGAGGAAGUGAUUGCUUCUCGGGAAUAUUUUUAAUUUUAGUGAUGUUUUUGAGUGAUCUUUUAUGAAUUCACAUUAAUGUACAGUUUACUAGCAGAAGGAGCAUCUCCCUUAACAACUGAAGUGUGUCAGAUUUAUUCAAAGAAGUUCAUACUUGGAUAAAUGUGACGAAUUGUGUAUACAGAGUUGAGUAGAAGAGGGACGUCUGUAUAUAAUCUCCGAUAGUUCUGGUAGUUGAUGAAGUCUAUGUUGUAAUAAGAGGUUUUUCUUGGUUCAUGAUGGAAUGAAAAAAGAUAAGCUUCAGAUUGGAUAUAUUUUGUUUACAAAGCUUACAGAAGAACUCUAAAAGUAUGAAUCAUUUGGUUUUAAUUCUUGCAAUUUGAUCCUUUUGUAAAGUAAUUGAGUUUAUCUAAGUUCAGAUCCAAGUGAACAAAUUGUUUAAAUGCACCGUUUAUCUUUCGGUGACGAAUAAUAAAGCGGGGGUUAAUUUUAUUCCAACAGAGAUGAAAGGUCGUGCUCUUCACGCUGUCUCAAUGAAAAAUUUUGAAAAACUUUCUACAACGUUUUUGUUUACUUUAAUACAAUGCUUAAAAGCCACCAAUUCUGAUAUUGAAACUGUUGUACAAAAGAAAGCCAUUCAGAAAGUUUGAGGAUUGAAAGAGAUCGAUUUUCAUACAAAUAUCAGUGUUUACAUCUAAAUUUUGUGUGAGAUGGACAUUCUUUUUGUUUAUUGAUGAUUCUGCCAAGUUAUUUCAGUUUCAGGUUUUAUUUUGAGAUUACAAGGAUCACUUAUCAGUGAUGAUAUAGAUUUUGUUGGAAAUGAUUUUUGUUUUCGUGCAUUUGCAUGAGGUAUGUGCUCGAACUUGAGGAAAAAUAAAUAUAUCAUGUAUGUAAUGGCAGAAAGGAAGGCUGUUUACAAUCACACUUGAAGGAUGAAACAAACUGUUCAUUUUUGACUUACACUUCUGCUGUUUGGAGAUACUGUUGUACAUGACAACACAUGCUUGUGCUGAACAAUUAAAAUUGCGCAUUUUGACAUUCUGGUGCAUGCUAAAAGUGGGCUGUUAUAUAAAAUGCCAAUAUAAUAGCUAAAUUAAAAUGUCAGGAUUACUUUAACUAAUGGCAUUCUUACAGCUACAGAUGUUGCCAAUGGAACUAGUCUAUCUCUUUUGAACAACCAUUCAGAGAGUUUUUCAGCAACUUUUUUUUAGUCUUCACACCAAUAGAACUCUGUGUUAUUCUGUGCUUUGGCUCUCUGAGGGAAAAUUCCUGGUUUUGUAGGAAGCAUUGUGUUUUGGUGGACUUCAGUCAUGAUUAUAUUUGCUCAGGACUUUGAGCAUUUUAUGUAGCAGGAAACUUUACACACCUGUGAGAAUUGAACAUAAUGAGUAAAUACUAAUUUCCAUCCUAAUCCAUAGAACAAAUCACAAAAAUACUGGACGUAUCAGUUGGACCCUGGGCUUACAAAAACUACAUUUUACUUGUAAAAGUGUGAUAUGACAUGAUAUGUGCAUUUGAAGAUUGAUUCCAAAGAAAUUCCACAACAAACCUGAGGAUAAAAUGUUUUUUACUCGUUCCAAAAAGUACAAGUUAACACAGUCUCAUGAACUGGUGUCCUGUCCGCUGGAUAAGUUCAGCAGGUCCCCUAUGUUGGACACCUUUAACGACAGCAUGCCAGACCUGACUGAUGGUUCUGAAUUCUUUGAAACUAGAUCCAAAAGAAGACCUAUGUUUCAACGAUUCCUGCAUUCCUCAUAUGAGAAGUUGUCAGACAGGAGAGGCAGUGAACCACUGGUGUCAUCUUCGCUAGAUCUUCGAGGAGACGUCAUGGACACGAGUUCUACUCCCUCCAAAAUCGCAAAUUUCUUCAUGAAGAAGGGGUUCAAGUCCAGCAAUCUGAAAAGAACAAAGAGUGUAACCAAAUUGGACAACCGAAAGAGGUCUGCCUCUCAUGUGAUGGACAGUCAUGAAUCCAACACCUUCGUCAGUUCAUUGAAGAGAACCAUGAGUCUGGGACGUUUGAAUCGCAAAAGAAAUCGGGAUGUUAAUGUUGACAGCCAAAGUGAUCUUUCUGAGCAGAAAAAUAGCUUUAUGUGUAGGUGUUCCAUUGUAACCCCAGAAAACCAACACACAUGGAACAUCAUUAAUUCCCGGAUCCGUUCCUCCAGAUCCCAUGAAUCCCUGCUGACCAGUUCCGUGACUAUGCAUUCCAUUGACCUAACAGGUCAGGACAUAGACGUAAAGCCUCUACACAAUAGUGUCCUAGGGAAAGAACAUUGCUUACAAGUGGCCACCAGUCAUGGCAGCAAAUAUAUUUCCUGUCGGACAUCGGAAGAAAGACAAAAAUGGCUCGGCAGUUUAAGGAAGACAGUGCAGCCAAAUCAGGACAAUAUGAGGAGAACAGAUAAUUCUUUGAAACUUUGGAUAAAAGAAGCCAAAAAUGUACCAUGUAAGAAAAGGUAUUACUGUGAGAUUUGUAUGGACCAGACUCUCUAUGCACGCACAUCUAGCAAAACAAAGUCCGACAUGUUGUUCUGGGGAGAACACUUUGAAUUCAACAAUUUGAACCCAGUGCAGAUUGUGACAGUAAAUCUUUACAGAGAAGCCGACAUCAAAAAGAAGAAAAAGGAUAAAAAUACAAAAAUAGGAUAUAUAAAUAUACCAGUUGCUGAAAUUCAUGGUCGACAAUUUGUUGAAAAGUGGUUCACUGCAAGCUCAGGAACAGUUGGAAAAACGGGAAAGGAGAAUAAGGGUGAUCUCCCCUUGGUUCGACUGAGAUUAAGAUACCAAACUGUUCACAUACUCCCCAAAGAUCUGUACCAAGAUUUCACUCAGUACUUGACGACAGACUUUUAUGUCUUGUGUGAGGUCAUGGAGAAUCUAGUGGGUGUCCGUGAUAAGGAGGACAUUGCCUCCACUCUAGUCCACAUCAUGCAAAAGCUUGACAAAGCAAAAGAAUUCCUCACUGAAGUCAUCAUUGGAGAGGUGAUCAAACAAGAUAACCAGCAUUUAACAUUUAGAGGGAACAGUAUUGGUACAAAGGCCAUGGAAGCCUACAUGAAACUGGUGGGAGAAAAAUACCUGAAGGACACAUUGAGUGACUUUGUCCAUACAAUCAUUAAUACAGAGGAUGAUUGUGAAGUGGAUCCUGGCAAGCUUGCCAAUCCUACUAGCAUUACUACUCAUCAACAACUUUUGGACAUGUACUGUAAUAUGGUCUGGACCAAAAUCAUCAGUUCUCCCUGUUACUUUCCAAGUGAAUUGCGUGACGUUUUUGCAAGCUUCAGGACACGUUGCCACAGUAAUGGGAAAACAGAGAGUGCUGAUACUCUGAUCUGUGGUUCCAUUUUCCUGAGAUUUCUCUGUCCUGCCAUCUUAUCACCCAGUCUCUUCAAUCUGACCCAAGAGUUUCCUCCAGAGAAGGCUGCGAGGAAUUUGACCCUUAUUGCCAAAACCAUCCAGACUCUUGCCAACUCUACCAAAUUUGGUGGGAAAGAGGAGUAUAUGGAAUUCAUGAAUGAUUUUAUUGAAAAGCAUGAUGGAAGCAUGAAAGAAUUCCUUGAUCAAAUUUCUAGUGCCAACAAUGGAAACCAUCUUCUGGACUAUGAUGGCUACAUAGAUCUAGGAAAGGAACUUGCCUUGCUACAUAUUCUUCUCACUGAAAACCUAGAGAAGGCUAAUCAGGAUACAUUGAUGAAAUUGGGAAAAUUGACCAACAUACUUGGUAGCAUCACCUCCGCCAUUGAUGACCCAGAAGUGGGUAAAAGUGUACAAGUGCCAGAUAAAAGGAAAUCUCAGAUUUAUGACAAUGUUAGCAGCAGUAUUCAGCUUGGCUCUUCUCCCACUGAAAUUGUACGGAACAUGUUACGUCAGUAUGGAGAGGAAGACAACAUCCCAGUACUUGGUGCACGGCAUUCGCGACAGGGCAGUCACAUUAGUAGUGGACACAGUACAGUUAGUGAUUAUAAUGAUAAUGAUGACGAGUAUGUGAUCAUUAAACGUGUUCAUACUCAUUCAGACAAUGUGUCAAAUGUGUCGGCAAACUCUAAAACAAUCACAAGUGAACAUAGUGUGAACCAGAAGUGGAAUGAUAUUGUGAAUGCUGCUGAGGGAAACCAUGGUGAUUAUAUUGACCUACUGUCACUCAUGGAUGAUGAGUAUCAGAAUUCAUCAAUGGAAUUGGAGCAUAACAUCAAUGGAAGUCAAAUGUCCAUAAGCCAAUUGUCCACUGUUACCUCAGGAUAUCAAUCCUAUGGUUACAGCCAGUCAAAUUCCCCUGUAGAUUCAUCCAAUCAUGUGGAAGGAAACACCAGACCUUCUCAAUCCAACAGUCUUCAACCACUGUCUUUUUCCAAUCCCAUGUACAGAUACAAACACAUGAACUCAUCCUCCUGUAGUAGUUCUAGUCAGUGUGUUACUCCUUCCCCGGGAACCCAGGGGUCAGCAAGCUCGGGAUCUCUGAGCAGUGAGGAGGACACCAAUGUAACCAGAAAUCGAAAUCCCAACCCAUCCCGCCCAGAUUUUUGUGAUAAUCCCAGUGAUCCACUAAGGAAUCUCGCUCCCAAACUCUCUAGUUCUAGCAGCUCAGAAUCUCUGAAUGACUUUGAGAGACAUAGAAUGUACUCAGAUAACAGAGACUCCUCCCACAAAAAAAUGGAGCCUGUAACCUUUGACCUCCACAGUUCAUGUCCCACAAAUGUUUUUGAGGAUAAUUUCAACAGCAAAUAUGAAAACACACAUGGAUACUCAUUAAGUCGUGCUCCUACUCGUCCCAGUGAACUUUCACACACUGGAAGCAUGGAUUUCUCUCAGCUGCGACAGUAUAAUCGCUAUGGUGAAGGUUUACGAAGAACUGCCACUGAUUCUGUCAUUGCUAAGUCCUGUAGUCCUAGUCACAGUGACAGUGGUGUCCGAGACCGGGGCCGAGAUUCAUCAGAGGAGAGUCCCUCACAUCGUCGUCUUUCUCCACAGAAUGCUGUUCACAUGGGAAUCCGGUCAGUUCAGAGAAAGAUACAUGAACAAGAAAAGACCAAGCAAGAGUACGAACAGGAAGUGACCGUAUUGAAACAGCAGUUAUUUGAGGCCCAGCAGAGGCUACAGUUUGCUGAGGAAAAACUGAAUAAACACGAAUGUGAUUCUCAGAAAGUGAUGGAGGAUUGGCAAUAUCGUUUAGAGGAGAGUGAAGAGCGCAUGCGUCGUCAGCAAGCGGAAAAAGAUGAUCAGAUGAAGCACAUUAUUACAAGAUUGAUGAAUGUUGAAGGUGAGCUUCGCCAUGACCAGGAAGAAAUGCAGACCAUUGUAAAACAGAAGCAAAAAGUAAUUGAAGCCCAGGAGAGGCGCAUUAAGACUCUGGACAAUGCAAAUGCUAAACUGAUGUCUGCACUUCACCAGCUUCGGAGUGUCUCGCAGACCAACAAUAACACGAUGUUGGGACCCCUGCGUACAAAUCUCAUAUCGCCAGAAGUGGCCGAGUUCAAAACAAGCUCCUGUUGAUUUGUGGCUUUAGUAUGUUACAUGGAAAACAUGUACUGCUCAUUUGUGAUUUUACCGUGGUGCUUCUUUGUGAUUUGAUGUGGAUGUUAUUUUGUUUUGAAAAAAUGGCAUGAGAUGAGCAUGUACUGCUGUAGAUAGUGCUGCUGUUUACAGUUCAUCGUGUAAACAGUUCUUCAGUCUGUGAUGAGAAGUGAAAAAGGUUGUGUAUUAGGUGGUAAAACAUGGUCCAAGGGACAUUACUCUAGUUUAUGUAGAAAUCCCAACUAUAUGUGCAAUAUAUUUUGUGUGAAAUAUAUCAUUUUAAUAGUAUGAAUGAAUGUAUGAGUGUUUACUUGUAUGUUUGCAAUGUUAAUAGAACAGUUAUAUUGUGAUGUGAAUUCGUGCAGAAAUAUUUUCACAUAUGGUUUGACUAAAGUCAAAUCUGAAUUUUUGUUUGCCAAAUAUGGAAUAUAUAUAUGCACUGAAAUAUUAUUAUUGCUUUAAUUAUAUAGGCAGGGAUUAUUUAUUUGGUGCAAUGUUUAUUUCUUUCACAGUAUUAUUAUUAUCUAGUGAUGCAAAAUAUAAAAUUUCAUUCAUUGAAAGUGCAGAGAUCAUUAUAAAUUCAAUUUCUGAGGUCAACAAAUUGUCAGAUAUUUUGCGAUUGAUAAUAAUUUCAUUUUAUUGUCUCACUGCCAUCCAUCAUUUUCCAUGCAUGCAUUUAUUCAGCAUUGCCAAACAAUUGUAUGAGAAUAGGAAGGUGUGCAUUAGCAGCAGUAUGAAACGGAAAAAAGACUUUCUAGCAACUGCAAAUUACAAUGUAAUUUAAAACUGGAAUUUAUAUGGAAAAUUUUGUACACAGAGAUCAGUAUAAUCUUUGUCCUGUAUAUGUGUUCUGGUAGUAGAAGGGAACAAAAUUGAUAUAAUGCUCCCCUGAUAUUUAUUUCUUACAUUUCUGUGUUAAAGUAAUAAACAAAUAUAGAUAAAUUACAGAUAUGAUAAUGUGAUUUGAUUCUGGAAAAAUAAAAAGUAUGAAAUUUU